AGCCCCGAGUGCGAGGAGCCGCCGCCCCCCUGCGCAGGGCGCCAUGUUUUGGAAGUUUGACCUACACACAAGCUCGCACCUGGACACGCUGCUGGAGCGGGAGGACCUGAGCCUGCCCGAGCUGCUGGACGAGGAGGACGUGUUGCAGGAGUGCAAGGUGGUCAAUCGCAAGCUGCUGGACUUCCUGCUGCAGCCGCCUCACCUGCAGGCCAUGGUGGCCUGGGUAACCCAGGAGCCACCAGCCAGCGGUGAGGAGCGGUUGCGCUACAGGUACCCCAGUGUGGCCUGCGAGAUCCUGACCUCGGACGUGCCCCAGAUCAAUGAUGCCCUGGGCGCAGAUGAGUCCCUCUUGAACCGGCUCUAUGGCUUCCUGCAGAGCGGCAGCAGCCUCAACCCGCUGCUUGCCAGCUUCUUCAGUAAGGUCAUGGGCAUCCUCAUCAACCGCAAAACAGACCAGCUCGUGUCCUUCCUGCGGAAGAAGGAUGACUUUGUGGACCUGCUGCUGCAGCACAUCGGCACCUCAGCUAUCAUGGACCUCCUGCUGCGCCUGCUCACCUGUGUGGAGCGGCCCCAGCUGCGGCAGGACGUCGUCAACUGGCUCAAUGAGGAGAAGAUAAUCCAGCGGCUGAUUGAACAGAUCCACCCGUCAAAGGACGACAAUCAACAUUCCAAUGCAUCCCAGUCCCUGUGCGACAUCAUCCGCCUGGGCCGGGACCAGAUGACCCAAGUUCAGGACAGCCCAGAGCCCUACCAGCUGUUAGCCACUCUGGAGAGGCAGGAGACGAUCGAGCAGCUCCUGAGCAACAUGUUCGAGGGGGAGCAGAGCCAGUCUGUCAUUGUCAGUGGGAUUCAGGUGCUGCUGACCCUGCUGGAACCCAGGAGGCCAAGGUCUGAGUCUGUGGCCAUGAACAACUUCUUCAGCAGUGUAGAUGGGCAGCAGGAACUCUUGGCCCAGGGGAACCUGGAGAGCACCAUGUCCAGUGAGGGUACCCUGCAUGCCCUGCGCCCACGGCUUGGCAACUUUCAUCAGCUCCUUCUUGAACCACCCAAGCUGGAGCCACUGCUGAUGACGUGGGGCAGCCUGGCUCCACCACUGGGCAACAUGCGGCUUCACGUGGUCAAGCUCCUGGCCAGCGCCCUGAGUGCCAACGAUGUGGCCCUGACACAGGAGCUCCUGGCACUGGAUGUGCCCAACACUAUGCUGGACCUCUUCUUCCACUAUGUCUUCAACAACUUCCUGCAUGCCCAAGUGGAGGUGUGUAUUAGCACCAUGCUGAGCUCAGGGCCCCCUCCCGACAGCAUACCCGAGACACCCAUCCAGAACCCCGUCGUGAAACAUCUACUGCAGCACUGCCGCCUGGUGGAGCGUAUUCUGACAUCCUGGGAGGAGAAUGAUCACGUGCAGUCCAGGGGUGGCCCGCGGAAAGGUUACAUGGGCCACCUGACGAGAGUAGCCAACGCCCUAGUGCAGAAUGCGGAGAAGGGGCCUAAUGCCGAGCAGCUGGGGCAGCUGCUGAAGGAGCUGCCAGGUGAGCAGCAGGAGCACUGGGAGGCAUUUGUGUCUGGACCUCUUGCAGAGACCAACAAGAAGAACAUGGUGGAUCUGGUGAAUACCCACCACCUGCACUCCUCCAGCGAUGAUGAGGAUGACCGGCUCAAGGAGUUCAACUUCCCUGAGGAGGCUGUGCUGCAGCAGGCCUUCAUGGACUUCCAGAUGCAGCGCAUGACCUCUGCUUUCAUCGACCACUUUGGCUUCAAUGACGAGGAGUUUGGGGAGCAGGAAGAAAGUGUGAAUGCGCCUUUUGACAAGACAGCCAACAUCACCUUCUCCCUCAAUGCUGAUGACGAGAAUCCUAACGCCAACCUGCUCGAGAUAUGCUACAAGGACCGCAUCCAGCAGUUUGAUGAUGAUGAGGAAGAGGACGAAGAGGAGGGACCGGGCUCAGGGGAGUCAGAUGGUGAGGAUGGUGCCUGGCAGGGCAGCCAGCUGGCCAGGGGUGCCCACCUGGGCCAGCCCCCUGGUGUCCGGAGUGGAGGCAGCACCGACAGUGAGGACGAAGAGGAGGAGGAUGAGGAUGAGGAGGAUGACAAUGAGGAGGGCAACAGCCGGGCAGCCUGCAGAGCGGCUGGGCCCCCCUCCUAUUCCAGCCCCAGCCCUCAACCUCCAGGCCCCAGCUGGAUGGCCACCUUUGACCCAGUGCCUAUGGACACCACAACUAGCCCCCGAAUCUUUGGGGAGGAAGAGCUGCACUCUGGGCCCCUAGCCCCACAGGGACUCCUUGACAUGCCCCAGGACCUCCCUGCCCAGAGCCUGACCAGCUCUCUGGCUAGUGAUGCUCUGCAGCUCAGGUCUCAGGACCCCACACCCCCCUCAGCACCUCAGGAAUCCACAGAUGGCAGCAAAGUAGUGGAGCCCUCAGCCCCCUGCCAGGCCUUGGUCAGUGUUGGGGACCUCCAGGCCACCAUCCACGGGAUGCACUCCACCCCCAGCUCCUUGGACAGUGCAACCAGAGACCCCUCUACCUCUGUCCCAGCCUCUGGGGCCCACCAGCCCCCCCAGACCACAGAGUGGGAGAAGAGCCCAGAGUCCUUGGGUCUUCCCCAAAGCCAGAGUGCCCAGGCCCUUGAGCCUCCUCUGAUGCCCAAUGGCUCUGCCCCAGGAGGGCCCACAUCCCCGGGCUCCCAGUAGCUGCCUAGUCUCAGCAGCUGUGGCCAAAUCCUCCGUCCUCCCCAUGAAUCCCCAGGGUGGGGACAGAGCGGGUCCCACAAGGGCCCCCAUUACCCCUAUCACCAUAUUGUCCCUACGUUUUCUCCUCUGGACUCCCAGGAGGCUGGUGCCAAGGAGAUAGGCCCCCAUUCACCCCCAUUUGCACUGAGAAGUGGAAUUAUGGAGCUUUGCCUCCUAGAAUAAAGAUAUAGAAAGUCAAAUAAAGGGAGAGAGAGAGAUACA